AGCCCUAGGCCUUCUCUUCCUCCUUUCCACCUCUCUUUCCCUCUCGUUCGCCGCCGGAAGCUAGCGCCGCCUCGACUUCUCCGGCGGCUGAAGUCAGUGGCCGAAGGAGCGGCGGGGUGUUUUCCCGCCUCGAAAGCUCACCGCCGGCAGAUCAGGCGGGAGAGAAGGCAACCGCCGUCGCCUCGGGAGCUCCGCGAGACGAUCUCCGAUGUCCGUGCCCUCCGUCAGUCUCCUCUUUCCCUCGUCGCUCCCGUCCACGCGAGCGGCGCCGCCUGUAUCCUGCUGCUUCCUCGCUGCCGCAUCCUCGCCCGUGACCACCCUUCUGCAUCGGUGAAUGUCUGGGAUGGCGGAUGGGUCAUUUCUUGAUCGGAUGGUGUCUCAACUUCGGUCAGCAUGCAGGUACUACACUGGAUAUCCCAAGGAUCUCGGGCCAUCAAGAAUUAUACCAUUCACGUCAGAGCGUCAAUUCGUGCAGCUGUUGCAUGAAGGCCGUCCAGUAGUUGUUGCCUUUACCAUUAAGUGCACUUAUACUCAUCACCUUGACAAGGUACUGGAGGAGGCUGCUGCUACAUUUCAUCCACACGUAAAGUUUGUUCGAGUUGAAUGCCCAAAGUAUCCCGGAUUUUGCCUCACGAGGCAAAAGAAUGAGUAUCCGUUUAUUGAAGUAUUUUACAACCCAGAACAGGCUGCUAGCCCAGGAAAGGCGGUGGACCCUAAUGUCACAAAGUACUCAGUGAAAGUUCUCCCUUUCAACUAUGACCAGAGCGUGUAUGGAUUCCGGGAAUACUUUAAGAAGCACGGAUUCAAGUAUUUUGAAACAAAUUAGAUCAACUAUUGAAAAUCGUUGUGAUGAAACAUGAUACUAGUUAACAAACCAUCUUUAGGACGUUCGUUCCGCCUAUACUAGAACGCUCCUGUUAAAAGCUUGUCUGUAUGUGCCUAUGUGGCAUUACCGUAAAAUGCUUGCUAAUCGGUUCUCAAUGAAAGAUGGCCAGGCAACUAUCGAUCUCCAGUCUGCAAAGACAAUUAACACUGGAUAGGUUCUAUUUUGCUGCAUGCCCAUUUUUACUGUAAUGACUAGGCUUUCAAAUUCGGUUGUAAAUUCAAUGUCUUAAUUAAUGGCUUAGUAUGCCUCAACCUUUGUUA